CUUCUCUUCAGCGGCAGCGUGGCAAGGCAACGAGAGCAACGAAGAGUAUUCAAACCGAAAACAAUGGAUCCGGUGCGGAAGAGCGUGUGCGUGACCGGCGCUGGCGGCUUCGUCGCGUCGGAGCUGGUGAAGCUCCUCCUCUCCCGGGGCCAAUACGCGGUCCGCGGCACCGUGCGCGACCCUGAUGCGGAUAGAGAGACGUGGGAAUGUGGAACCGCAUUUUUCUUGGAAGUCGAAAGAAGCUCCAGAUUCUUUAUAAAAAAAGGUGCUAGCAAGAAUGCCCAUCUCAAGGUGCUGGAAGGAGCUGAGGAAAGGUUGCAGCUUCUCAAGGCUGAUCUGAUGGACUACGACAGCAUUGCAUCAGCAGUUGCCGGCUGUGAGGGUGUCUUCCAUGUAGCUAGCCCUGUCCUUUCCCAUCGACCCUCCAACCCUGAGGUGGAGGUCAUAGCUCCCGCUGUAAUAGGUACAACCAAUGUGUUAAAGGCUUGCUAUGAGGCAAAAGUUAGGCGAGUUGUGGUGGUGUCUUCAUGUGGAGCUGUGUAUGCUAAUCCUAUUUAUCCGAAGGGUAAGGUGUUUGAUGAAGACUGCUGGUCAGAUGAGGAUUACUGCAGGAAGAAGGAGGAUUGGUAUUUAGUUUCCAAAACACUGUCGGAACGAGAGGCUCUUGCUUUUGCAGCAAAAACAGGGCUGGACGUUGUAACUGUUUGUCCGUCAUUAGUAUUUGGACCCUUGAUGCAGCCUACAGUAAAUUUGAGCAGCGAAAUGAUCCUUAAAUAUUUCAAAGAUCUCGAGACUGUUGAAAAUGUACUCAGUAAUAUGGUGGAUAUUCGUGAUGUUGCUGAUGCUCUUCUUCUGACUUACGAAAAGCCAGAAGCGUCUGGACGAUACAUCUGCAGUUCACAUGCAAUAAAAAUUUCUGAUAUGAUAAACAUACUGAAGACCAUGUAUCCGUCUUACCCUUAUCCCAAAAAUUUUGUGGAAGAUGAUGUCAACUCUGUAUACAGCUCUGAGAAACUGCAGAAGCUGGGGUGGAGCUUCAAGCCUAUAGAGGAAUCCCUCCGUGACACUGUUGAAUCCUACAAGGCAUUUGGCAUCCUGAAUUGAACAUCGAACUAGGAUUGUUUCCAUCUGCUGUUGCCUCCGAACUCCUCCUGAAUAAUGUAGGCGCAGUGACAGCAGCACUGCCGUUCUCUUUAUUUUUCAACACUAUUAUGUAGUGGUUCAGGCCAAAUAAGUAGGCCCGGUGCUGACUGUUGUAUGGUUUGUGGCCUAUUGUCGUUGCUAAAAACUAGAAAUAUGCGUACUAAUGUUGCAUUGCUGCACU